AUGCUUUCUCAAUUAUUUACAAUUGGUGUUAGUGUUUUAUUAGUUACUUCAAUUCAAGCAAGUAUUACUCCAAAUAAACCAAGAGAUGGAGUAAUUGCAUUAGAUAUGCAAAUGGAAUAUUCCUCUGAAUUAAUGAAAAGACAAGUUGGUGAACAUGAUUAUUUUGUUACACCUAAUAAUUGGCCAAAAAUAGUUUUACCAAUUGGUUCAAAUAAAGAUGAAGUUUUAUUAAUUGUUGAUACUGGAAGUUGGUUAACUCAAGUUCCUGAUGUUGCAACAAAUUGUACUAGAUGUUUAUUACCAAAUGGUAAAUUAGGUUUAUAUAAUAGUAACACAUCAACAACUGCUAAAAAAACAGGUAAAAAAAUAAAUUCAGAUUUUGGAGGUAAUGCUUUUUUCCAUGGUGAAGGAGUUAUUGAUGAUAUUUGGAUUAGUUCAGAUUUUAAAGUUCCAAAUACUUUAUUUAAUGAUGUUCAUGAUCUUGGUUCAUUAUGGCCUUAUGGUAUAUUAGGAUUAGCUAAACCACCAACAGGAGAAGAAUAUGAAAACAUUGUUUGGAAUGCUUAUAAAGCUGGAUUAAUUAAUAAACCAAUUGUUGCAUUAACUCAAAAAAAUUCAAGUGGUAAUAGUUUACAAUUAUUUUUAGGUGGUUAUAGUAAAUCUCAAUUAGUUGAAGAUUAUACUUGGACAUCAAUUGCUCAUGAAAAUUUUGUUGCUCAUGUUGAUUUUUUAAAUAUUAAUGGUACUAAAAUAAAUGUUAAUCAUACUUUAACUUUUGAUACUGGUAAUUUCCCAGUUGGUGUUAAUCAAGAAGUUUAUGAUGGUAUUAUAGGUUCUUUCCCUAAUGAUCCAAAUAAUAAAAAAGGAAGUGGAAAAAUUGAUUAUAAUUUAAUUAAAGAUAAAACAAUGACUGUUUCAAUUUAUGGUAAAAGUUAUAAUGUUCCAUUAAUUGCAUUUAUUGAACCUGAUUGUACAAGUCAACAUUGUGAUAUUAUUGUUCAUGUUACUUCUUGGAAUUGGGGAACUGGAUUUAAUAGAUUUUUAAAUUUAGCUUUGAAAUAUGAUGAAGGUUCAUUUAUUGGUAUUGCACCAUGGAAACCAUCAAAUACUAAUGAUAUCGUUUCAUUUUAA